AUGGACCCAUAUGCUGGGGACUCGAAGACCAACAUUCGACUGACAGGGAAGCGUGGUGUAUUUUUCUUCGGAAACUACCAAAGUGGUCGCGCACAUAACUGGCUGCAAUAUCUUGCAUGUCCUUACAUAACUACUACGCCGUCUGCCUUGCAUGCCUCGCACUGGUUUUUCAGCGUUGAGAAGCUUGGCCUUGUUCUGAACAAACGCGUCCACCCUGGACUUGGCCACUUUGACCGAACAACUGUCGCACGCAACACAUCUCUAAAAGUCAUUUAUUUGGUCAUUCCGCUGGCCACUUUCACCGGACCAAGUGACCAGGACAAGAAGGCCGUCUAUGCUGAGUAUGACAGCUAUAUCAGGGAUUAUAAGCGACGAAACGGACACAUUCCCUCUUUUUUUGCAGGGAUACCCGGCACUGAAGUAGCCCAAAUGAAGCAAGAUCUCGUCGACAUUUUCAAGGACGGGGACAGCCCCGUCGAGGCCAAGGUCGUGGUGGAGAUCAGUUCCCGCAGGGGGAAGGGACGGGGAGAACUGGUGUCGCUGGAUCGAGAUAGUCCUGCACAAGAUCCGGGUCGAUAGUGCGGAAGGGAGACAGAAAUGCAAUGGAUCUUCUUGCUAGCUCGAUGAAGAAGCACAUGAGAUUUGCCAGGAUAGAUAUACGCACACCAAGCAAAUAGACAACAGGUGGUUAUAUCCGUUGCUGAGCCGAAGCAGAAGUACCAGACUGUCGACAGAUUCCGCCAUGAGGGGCUCAUGGAAUAAACAUUCUUAUACUACCAUGCUCGUUGUGGCCAAAUGAUAAGUAACCUGUGAUUUGACAAUGAUGUCUUCACGUUAAACCAUUGAUUGUGGGACUCCUUGAAGUUAGCAGCCAAGAAUUG